AUGUCGGGGGACUACGAGGAGGACGUGUGGCGCAGCGCCCUGCGCCUGGUGCAGGAGCUCUGCUUCGCCCCCCGCGCGCGGCCCCCCCACGACAAGUGCCUGGAGUUCACCGACCUCCUGCGCCACCGCGGCCACCCCCGGCCCAACGACGCCGAGGUGUCGGUCAGCCUGCUGUCUGUCAUCGUCACCUUCUGCGGCAUCGUCCUGCUGGGGGUGUCCCUCUUCGUCUCCUGGAAGCUCUGCUGGGUGCCCUGGCGCCAUAAGGGGGGGCCGGGGGCCCCCCCCCGCAAAGAGCCCCUCCAAAGCGGGGGGGGCCCUUUCGGGGACCCCCUGCCCGAGCCAGGUCCCGAACCUCCCCCCGAACGCUGCUACCUGGACAUGGGGCCCUGUCCCGAGGGGGGGACGAGGGCGCUGGGACCCCCCCCGCCUCAGGGCCCCCCCCAGGUGGCCCCCCAGGGUCUCCCUGAGCUGGGGGGGGAUGGGACGGGGGGGGGGACGCUGCCCAGUGUCCCCUCCCAGCAGCACGUGGUCGGGCUGGCCAGCAGCGCCCCUCUCCCCUCCCUCCUCCCCGAGGAGAAGCCGGACCAAAACCCCACCAACCUGGGCCAGAUCCAGCCCGAGCUCUACUGUCCCCAGGGGGACGGGGACGGCGGGGGGGCCGGCCGGGGGGGUUCCCCUUGCGGCCGCCUGAGCGUGGCGCUGCGUUACGCCUACGGCAGCCAACAGCUGGUGGUGCGCGUCCUCCGGGCCCUCGACCUGCCCGCCAAGGACGCCAACGGCUUCUCCGACCCCUACGUCAAGAUCUACCUCCUGCCCGACCGCAAGAAGAAGUUCCAGACCAAGGUCCAUCGCAAGACCCUCAACCCCGUCUUCGACGAGACCUUCAGCUUCGGGGUGCCCUUGGCCGAGCUGCCCCUGCGGCGCCUCCACUUCAGCGUCUACGACUUCGACCGCUUCUCCCGCCACGACCUCAUCGGGCAGGUGGUGCUGGACAACCUGCUGGAGGCCACCGAGCGCGGGGACGAGGGACCCAUCUGGAGGGACAUCCUGGAGGGCAGCGGGGAGAAGGCCGACCUGGGGGAGGUGAACUUCUCCCUCUGCUACCUGCCCACGGCCGGGCGCCUGACCGUCACCGUCAUCCGGGCCUCCAACCUGCGCGCCAUGGACCUCACCGGCUACUCGGACCCCUACGUGAAGGCCUCGCUGAUGGCGGAGGGCCGGCGGCUGAAGAAGCGCAAGACGUCCAUCAAGAAGAACACGCUCAACCCCAGCUACAACGAGGCCCUCGUGUUCGACGUGCCGCACGAGAGCGUGCACCACGUCAGCCUCACCAUCGCCGUCGUCGACUACGACUGCAUCGGGCACAACGAGGUGAUCGGGUUGUGCCGGGUGGGCAGCGACGCCGAGGGCCCCGGCCGGGACCACUGGGCCCAGAUGCUGGCCAACCCCCGCAAGCCCAUCGAGCACUGGCACACCCUGGUGGAGGAGAAGUCUCUGGCUCUGGCCCCCAAGGGCUCGUCGCGGGACAAACCCAGCAUCGUGGUGGAGCCCGUCGGCCCCGACUGAGCCCAGCGGUGGGGCCGGAGGCGCCGGCCCGGCCCGGGGGGGCCCCGACACCGAAGCCAUAGGGACCCCCGGGCCCCCCCCCCCCCUCGGGCCCCCCCAAGGGCCCCCGACCUGCACGACAAGGGGGGGCCCGGCCCCCCCCCACUGUGAACCCCGGCGUCCGGGGCGGGGGCGGGGGGGGGGACACACACACCCACACGACCCCCGCCCCCCCCUCCCCCCCCCCCCAUG